AGCCAAGCCGGCUUCUGGCGCUGGUGGCUAGGGAGGUAGCGGCGCUCGCGCGCGGGUUAAAAGGGGCAGCGCGAGCAGCAAGCGGCUCAGCAUCAUGUCUCUGCGCAGCAGCUUCGCCCGGCUCCUGCGGAAGCAGGCGGACUCCGCGCUGCAGCUCCAGAAACCUGCCCACUCCGUGGCGCUGAUCGGAGCCCCGUUCUCCAGGGGGCAGAAGAGAAGAGGGGUGGACCACGGCCCCGCUGCCAUCCGGAACGCGGGGCUGACGGAGCGGCUCUCCGGCUUGGGUUGCCGAGUGUAUGAUUUUGGAGAUCUGAGUUUCACUCAAGUGCCCAAUGAUGAGCUGUAUAACAACCUGGUCAAAUACCCACGCUCUGUGGGAUUAGCCAGCCAGGUGCUGGCUGACUCUGUGAGCGGAGCAGUGGCUGCUGGACACAGCUGUGUAACCAUGGGAGGUGACCAUAGCUUGGCGCUUGGUUCCAUCAGUGGCCACACACGGCAGUGCCCUCACCUCUGUGUGAUCUGGGUGGAUGCACAUGCCGAUAUCAACACCCCUCUCACAACUCAAUCUGGAAACCUCCAUGGACAGCCAGUCUCAUUUCUGUUACGAGAGCUCCAGAAUAAAAUGCCGCUGCUUCCUGGCUUUUCCUGGCUAAAGCCCUGCCUCUCAACAUCGGAUAUUGUCUACAUUGGUCUGAGGGAUGUGGAUCCUGCUGAACACUAUAUUUUGAAGAACUAUGACAUUCAGUAUUUCUCAAUGAGAGACAUUGAUCGCCUUGGAAUCCAGAAAGUUAUGGAAAGGACAUUUGAACAACUAAUGAGCAGAAGGCAAAGACCAAUUCACCUGAGCUUUGACAUUGAUGCUUUUGAUCCUUCGCUGGCUCCAGCAACAGGGACUCCUGUUUUAGGUGGAUUAACAUAUCGGGAAGGCAUGUACAUUACAGAGGAAAUACACAAUACAGGAUUGCUUUCGGCUGUGGACCUGGUUGAAGUAAACCCAUUGCUUGGAGCCUCUCAAGAGGAAGUGAAUGCUACAGCCAGUCUUGCAGUAGAUGUGCUAGCAACAUGCUUUGGGCACACCAGAGAAGGAGCACAUGCUGUUUUUGAUGAACUCCCAACCCCCAAUUCACCAGAUGAAUCAGACAGUGAAGAGCAAGUGAGGAUUUAGGACCCCCACAUGAUGGAAGACGCUUCACAUUGGGCAUUCUGCUGAGGCACUUGAGUGGAUAGAUUAUCAAACACUUGAAGUGUUUUACUUUGUUUUAAAAAGAGACUAGUUUUUUCCAUUUGACCAAUAACUACUGUUUUAUUCAUUUAGAAGUAUAUAAAUUUAGACAAGUAAUAAAACAAUUACCUUA